UAUAUAUAUAUAUAUAAUAUGCCGCAUGUUUCACUUAUGAUGAAGAUUGGAAACACAAUGCCCGUGGUAAAGUCAGAAUAGGGCAGGAAUAAGAUUAAUUACAAUUCUAAUGAUAAUUAUUUAUAGUGUAUAACAUAAUGCAUGAUCUGUGGAGAUUUCUCUAAACCUGUUUAUGUUUAGCUAGGCAAGAAGUUCAUAACGAAGGUUAUGGGAUAAUUGGUACCAUCGUCGAAGUUUCUCAUCCGCGAGGAGUAUGGGAAACUUUGUGGGUGACAUCGUGAUAUGUGUACUGCUACUACUUUCCAUCAGCAUUAUAUUUGGAACCAGUGAAGUUAUUAAACUGUUCACAAAUAAUGGAGAGGAGGUUCUCAAAGCGUCUACAUAUGGUUGGAUUAUUCGAUUGUGCUUGAAUUUAUUGGGAUAUGCCACUGUAUUAUUGCCAGGUUGCCUUAUAUAUAAAUAUGUACGUUAUACAAAGUAUAUUCAGAGAGGUGGAAAAGGUUGUAUCCCUAGACUGGUGCAUUCAUGCUUUAUGGGAUACUGUGAAACGGGUCUUUUAGAUUCGCCAACUUAUGCUCCUAAUGCACCCACUCAUGUUCAGCGCACUUUUGCUCAAGAUGCCCUGCUCCUGAUGUAUUGUUUUUUUGGAUUGCAAAUUAGUUAUCUAACGUGGGGCUAUUUGCAAGAAAAGAUAAUGACACAGAAAUAUGAAGAUGCUUCUGGUAAUAAAGGGCAAUUUCAAGAUUCGCAAUUUUUAGUAUUUGUAAAUCGCAUUCUUGCCUUCCUGAUGUCCGGAUUAUAUUUACUCAUUCAACGUCAGCCGCAGCAUAAGACACCAUUAUAUAAAUAUGCAUUUUGUUCUCUAUCAAAUAUCAUGAGUAGUUGGUGUCAAUACGAAGCCCUAAAAUACGUCAGUUUUCCAUCACAGGUUCUAGCUAAAGCUUCUAAAAUCAUACCAGUCAUGAUAAUGGGAAAAAUAGUUUCUCAUACAACAUAUGAAUAUUAUGAAUAUGUUACUGCGAUUCUUAUUUCUAUUGGAAUGACACUUUUUAUGUUGGAUAGUUCUGACCAUAAAAAUGAUGGGGCUACAACACUUUCCGGUUUGAUUUUACUUGCAACCUAUUUAUUAUUAGAUAGUUUCACAAGUACCUGGCAAAAUGCACUUUUUGUAGACUAUGGUGUAACUAGUAUACAAAUGAUGUGUGCAGUUAAUAUGUUUUCUUGUUUGCUGACUGCAAUGUCUCUAUUUCAACAAUCAAGUUUUUCGCUGAUAUUUUCUUUCAUGACGACGUAUCCCAGGUUUAUAAUUGAUUGCUUACUGAUUUCAAUAUGCUCAGCAAGCGGUCAGUUGUACAUUUUUUAUACGAUUUCAAAAUUUGGAUCCAUUACGUUCGUCAUUAUGAUGACUAUACGACAGGGUUUGGCAAUACUUCUGUCAUGUUUGAUCUAUCAUCACGCUAUUACUGUUGUUGGAAUAUUCGGCAUAUUAUUGGUAUUUAGUUCAGUAUUUUUACGAAUUUACUGCAAUAAUAGAUUACGCGCGAUCAGAAGACGCCGAGCCGCAGCAAACAAUAUAAAACAUUAAAAAUUGUAUUAUCUAGAGAAGAUUAUAAUUUUAUUUUUAAACUUCUACCAACUAUUUAUUGUAAUUGCCAUAGAUUAAGAUAUAAUUCUAUCAACUAGUAUUGACUGUCUCUCAUAUAAUCAUUUUUAGUGUGUGUGUAUGUGUGUGUGGACGCGCGCGUGUGUGUGCACAUGCACAGUAUGUAAAAUCAAUAUCUCAUUACAUACAUUGCAAAUAUAUUCUCGAUAGUUUUGAGAGUUCUUGAUUGCAUGGAUUUUGAAAAAUAUGUUAUAAGUUUCAUAAUCAAUAUAUAUUAUCUAUGUAACAUGUUUAUGAACAGAUAAAUACUUGAAGAUAUAUGUAAGCUGAAAGAAAUGUUGGCAUUAUAAUAUUA